AUGUACGGAGGCGGUUACAACAACAAUCAGCCCCCGUCAGGCUUCCAGCCUCAGAACGGCUACCAGAGCAACCCUCCGCCACCACAAUUCCAGGACACCCGCGCCUUCGGAGGCUACCCCGGUGCUGGCGGUGGCUACCCUGGCGCAGGCGGAGGUUACCCCGGAGCAGGCGCUCCUCCACCUCCGCAGUAUGGACAGCCUCAGUACGGCGGCGCCGGCGGUGGCUUCCAGCCGCAAGGAGGAGGGUACAACCAGGGCGGCGGGUUUCAGCCGCAGGGAGGAGGCUAUGGGCAACAGAGCUAUGGACAGCAGAGCUACGCACCUCCGCCGCAGCAGCAACAGUACGGCUCGUACCAGCCUCCCACGGGGCAGCCUCCUCCCCACCACUACCACCCGAAUGCGCAGGGAUACCAGCCGCCUCAGAGCUCGGGACAGUACGGUUCGUACCAGCCACCAUCUGGCCCUCCUCCGCCGCCGCCGACCGGUGCUCAGCACUACGGUCCCCAGUUCCAGGGCCCCGGUGGCAAGCAGCAGCCGUACUUCCAGUACUCGAACUGUACCGGUAAGCGCAAGGCGCUCCUCAUCGGCAUCAACUACUUUGGUCAGCAGGGUCAGCUGCGCGGGUGCAUCAACGACGUGCACAACGUUCAAAAGUUCCUCAUGGACCGCUACCACUACCGCGCAGAGGACAUGGUGAUCCUCACCGACGACGCCAAGAAUCCCCGCCAAAUCCCGACGCGCCAGAACAUCAUCCAGGCAAUGCAGUGGCUUGUGCGCGACGCCCGACCAAACGACGCUCUUUUCUUCCACUACUCCGGACACGGUGGUCAGGUCAAGGACCAGAGCGGCGACGAGGAUGAUGGCUACGAUGAGUGCAUCUACCCCGUCGACUUUAAGCGCGCGGGCCACCUGGUUGACGACGACAUGCACGCGCUCAUGGUCCGCCCACUUCCCGCUGGUUGCCGUCUCACUGCCAUCUUCGAUUCGUGCCACUCUGCAACCGCUCUUGACCUGCCCUAUGUCUACUCGACCGAGGGCAAGAUCAAGGAGCCCAAUCUUCUCGCCGAGGCCGGCCAGGGCCUGCUCGGCGCGGCGGGGUCGUACCUCAAGGGUGACCUGGGAGGAAUGGUGUCGGGCGUCUUCGGUGUGGGCAAGUCGUUGCUCGGCGGCAACAAGGACGCUGCCGAGAAGACGCGGCAAACGCGCACGUCACCAGCCGACGUCAUUAUGUGGUCGGGUUGCAAGGACUCGCAGACGUCAGCCGACACGAGUGAAGCCGGCAAGGCGACGGGUGCGAUGUCUUUCGCGUUCAUCGCGGCCAUGACAAAGAACCCGCAGCAGUCGUACGUAAUGCUUCUGCGCUCUAUCCGCGAGGAACUCCGCGGCCGCUACGACCAAAAGCCGCAGCUCUCUUCUUCUCACCCUAUCGACACGAACCUGCUCUUUAUCUGCUGA